AAUGUUCUGGGUGGCAUUUUAAAAUGGUGUCUCCAUUUUGCUAAGUACUCAACCUUUCAAAAGAUAUAAUGGAAGAUUUAAAAUUAAUAUUCAAAUAUUUCUAUUUGCACAAUAACAAUGUAGUAGGGUAGGAGUCAGAAGCCCCAAGGUCUGAGUCUGGGUUCUGACACAAUGCGUGACUAUAAGAAAGUCUUUUAACCUGUAUGAACCUUGACUUUCCCAUGAGUAAAAUAAGGACAGUUUUACCAGGCCUGAUGGCCUUAAAGAAAGGGUUGUGGUGCGGAUCAAGUGGGAUAAUGGAUAUGAGAGUGUUUUGCUUUUUUUCUUUAUAGCUAUAAAAUGUUUAAUUUACAUGCAACAAAUAUCAUAUAUCAAGGUAAUGAAAUAUACAAGUUUUGGCAUUAAUUCAACAUUCGUAAUAUUUUUUCCUGAACAAUGAACAUUGCCACUUAGAACUGAGGCUUAAAGCCCUACAAUCAACUUUCUCAUGUAUAGAUAUCUAUAAAUUCUAUUACUAUUAUGAAAUGAUCCAUGUAGAAAGCUGAAAUUCCAAGAGCUCCAAGAAAGGGAACACAAGAGAAGUAAAAAAAUUGUAAAUGUGUCUUUUAUAUGGUGGGCUGAGAAAAAUGUUUACUUCUGCAUAGUCAAAUGUAAGAAUGCACUAGGUAGGGGGCAGCUGGCUAUCUCAGUGGACUGAGAGCCAGGCUCAGAGAUGGGAGGUCCUGGAUUCAAAUGUGACCUCCAACCCUUCCCAGCUGUGUGACCCUGGGCAAAUCACUUGACCCUCAUUGCCUAGCCCUUACUGCUCUUCUGCUUUGGAACCAAGACAGUGUUGAUUCCAAGAUGGAAGGUAAGGGUUUAAAAAAAAAAGGGGAUGUACUAGGUAUUGUCCGUAUCUGUUAAAGAAAAUAGGAACACCUUAGGAUUCCUUCUUUUUCUUGUAUAUGAAAAAUAUAUGCAAAUUAGUUAUUUAAUAAAAAACUUUGAACUCUAGAGAACUACACAAAUUCAGUGAGUUUGUGUGAUUUUGGGAGACCUGUGAUCACAUCGCUUUAAGGAACUCCUGGUGAGGAAAUUCUCUCUGCAAAUUACAGAUUGCAACUCUCCUAACUUAGUCAUAGAAUUCCCUUGGGUCCUGAAAAGUUAAAUGAUUUGUUUGUGAUCUCACAGUGUGUAUCUAGGGCGGAACUUAAACCAGGUCAUCUUGAUGCCAAGGCCACACAAAUUAUACGGUAUCACUGUUAUUAUUAUUAAGCCCUAUCCCUCCACCAGGAAAUCUACCAUCGCUAAAAUGUCCUGAAAGAAUGUCCUGAGGCCCACAAAAACGGGCCAGCCAAAGCAGCCAUGAAAGACAGCAUUCACAGGGUCAUCACAGCAGCCUGAGGCCACAGAAGUUCGUUCCCAUCUCCAGCAUGACAGAAGCAGCAGGUGGAGGUUAAAAGGACUGGAGAUCUGCCACACAGUGCCGGCCAGUCACUUCUUGGCUGUGGGUCAGGAAGGAUGAUGUUCCAAACAGGAAUCUGGCUUUGGCUCUGCAUGGGACAGACUUUUCUAAGAGGAGGGCGAAGCAGCCAGAAGCAGACUAGGAAAAGCGACUGCUACCAACUGAACAGAUUUCACUGCUCAUUUCGAAGAGCGCAGCGCUAUUGCCAUGGACAGGGGGCGCAGCUGAUAUCCUCCUGGAGCCAGGACAUUCAAGAUCAUCUCAAAGAUUACCUGGAAGAAGGAAAGAAGUGGUGGAUUGAGCCCAAUUCACAUCCACUGAUAAAGCAGAAGGGAAAAGAUAACCCAGUAGCCUCUGCCAAGCUCUUCACAAGAUCUGGGCUUUCCCCUUCUACCAGCUGCACAUAUGUGAUCAGAAAUCUGGAUAAAGUUUCAUCCAAAGUGGACCUCUGUUCAAAAGAACAUUUUUUCAUUUGUCAGGGUGAUGUCUUUCGGGACCACCCACAUGCCAACUAUGAAAGUCAUGGAAGGAAUACUCAUGUUAACCCAAGGACUAAGAAAAAAAAAAGGGAAAUCUCUACAAUGAGAAGUGAGAUUGUCUCAGAUCAUCAUCUUUCAUCCAGAUGUCACCAUUUCACUGACAUUUAUCAAUCAAAAACCCUGUGCCAAGAAAUGUCCAACAAUGCCCUGGUUUCAUCAGUAAUGCCCCCAAACACAACAUUCCCACCUGAAAAGCCUGUGUCCGCCAUAUCUGCGGUCCCUGAAGAACCACCAGACGUGGAUGUCCUGACCAUGAAUCUCCAGGAAUCUUUUCACAAUGCAUCUUAUCAGAUCAUAACAGGAGACUUUAAUAAAUCAGUUCAUGGCUCGCCAUUUGUCCAGAAACUGCAGAGAGCUUGUGAGAUCCUCCAGAUGCUGACACAGUUUGCCUCACGGUUCUCUUCACAGUUUUCCAUGACAGCCCAGGCAAAUUCCAGCCUUCCCCUUCUUUACCUGAGUGAGCAGUUGCUGAUGGGCCACUCUUGGAAUAGGAAUUCUUCCAGUCUGAAAGCUCCAAUAGCCCUUUGCCUCAACUAUAAGAUUGAAGGUUUUGGAAACAGUGAGUUUCAGGCCCCAUUUCCCAUGCAGAUGGAAGACAUGUUAGAGACAUCUUUGAUAGCCCUGGGGAAGAUCCAGGAGUCUUUCCUUCAGGACAGCCAACCUUCAGAGUCUUCACUGAUAGUGACCUCUUCUUUUGCCACUAUGAUGCUAAGAAGUCAAAAUAUAUCAACUUUGUCUUUGAGCUCUUACACUAUUCAGUACCCAGCUCCUGUGCAUUUAAGUUUCCCAUCAGCCUCUGCUUUGGACAAUCUCCUCAAUAAACACCAAAGUGUCAACAUUCAUGUUACUGGGCUGGCUUUUAAUCCCUUCAAGAAUUUUGAUAAACGGGAUAUUGUUGGAAGCAUUGCAAACGUCCUACUCACUGCUAAUCAUAAAUCUCUCCAAGUUCAGGAUCUCUUGGAAGAAGCAGAGAUCAUGCUUUGGAGAGACAGCAGCAUAGAAACCUAUCCUACCAGCUUCAACAUGAGUACAAACUGCUUUGUGAUCACAGUAAACAUCACUUCCCUAGAGGAAUCUCUGGUAGUCUCGGUAGAGCCUGAAAAUCCUCUUUCCAUCACACUCUACCUUGGCUUCCAGUAUCAACCCAAUAUUACUCAUUUUUAUUUGAACACCACCCUCCCAAAGGACCAGCUGCAGGAGAAAGAUGAGCUGUACACAUGGGUGCUUUCUCCAGAAAGCCUGCAACAUGGGACAGGCACCUACUAUAUAACAGCUGUGGUGAAUAAAAGCGAGACGGACCCAAAGGCGCCAUUCCUGGGAUUCUCAGUCACCACGGCGACCACUCAGUGUUACUCCUGGGACCCCCACAAUAAGACAUGGAUGAGUGAAGGCUGCCAAGCGGGGCCUCAGAGCAGCCUGACCAAGACCCAGUGCUUCUGCAACCUGCUGGCGACCAUCGGCAGUUCCUGGAGAUCCCUGCCCAGGACGGUGAAUGUCCAAGACACCGUCAAGCUCUUCAGUAGGGUGACCCACAAUCCUAUUGGGGUGUCCUUGCUGGCCGUCCUUUUGGGAUUUUAUAUCCUUCUCGCUGCGUGGGCCUGGAGAAAGGAUAGAGAGGACAGGAAGAAGAUGAAAGUCACCAUCCUGGCAGACAAUUAUCCCAACUCUCAAUCUCAUUACCUCAUUCAAGUCUUUACUGGGUAUCGUAGAAGGGCAGCUACAACAGCCAAGGUUGUUCUCAUCCUUUAUGGGUCAGAGGGACGGAGUGAUCCUCACCACCUGAGUGACCCCCAGAAAGUUGUCUUUGAACGAGGGGCACAAGAUGUCUUCCUUCUCACCACCAGAAUCCCACUAGGGGAGUUGCAUAGCAUCCGACUCUGGCAUGACAAUUCUGGCACCAGCCCAUCCUGGUAUGUAAACCAAGUAAUUGUCAGUGAUUUGGUCACAAGGAAGAAGUGGUAUUUCUUAUGCAACUGUUGGCUGGCCGUUGACCUGGGUGAAUGCCAAAAGGACCAGGUUUUCACAUCAAUCUCAAAGAAAGAACUCUUUUCCUUUAGAAAUUUAUAUUCCUCCAUGAUUGUAGAAAAAUUCACACAAGAUCACCUGUGGUUGUCAAUGGUGACCCUCAGCCCCUGGAACCAGGUCACAAGGGUCCAAAGACUUUCUUGUUGCAUGACCCUUCUAAUUUGUAACAUGGUUAUCAACAUCAUGUUUUGGAAACUGAGGAGCACCAAGGAGGACAGGACGGGACAGGAUAGGGUUGGACCUUUUGCUGUGACCUUGUCUGAAUUGUUCAUCAGCAUCCAAACUGCUUCCAUCCUCUUCCCUAUCAAUCUUAUCAUUGGGAGAAUCUUCCCACUGAUUCUGCCACAGGAGAAACUUCCACUUCAUCUCUUUCCCCCUGAGGCCUCUUUCACCUCAGACACAUCUUUGGGGUCUGUAACUACUCAAAAAAUAAUUGAGGAGUUAAAGGAAACAGUGGGAUUUUUGCACAUGAAAAAUGCAUGCUUGCCUACAGAGUGGGAAGGCUCCAGCUGGAGUUCUGACAGUGUUACAGAACUCAUCAAAGUGUUGUCAAGCCUCAUUCGUUGUCAUCUAGAAAGGCGAGGAGGUCAAUGGCAGCAGACAGGGUCCUCUCUUGAAAAUGAAGUUCCAGAAAACCUCCGCAAUUUAAAUCAUUACCUGCUUAAAGUUCUGGAGAGACUGCAAUUUCUGUGCAGUACACUUGUGGCAAGCCCAACCAGAAAGGCCCCUGACGUCCUAUAUUCUGUGAGCCAGCUGGAAAGACUCAGGGAGCUGGUAGAAACUCAGAUUCUUUCCAUGGCACAGGGCUCAUCCAGUGAUAUCACAAGUUUCCCUAUGCUGGACUCAGAGGAAGAAAAGCCUGCCUUCAUGAACUCCCUCCCCAAAUGGUCCAUUUAUAUCUGUUGGCUUCUUCUGGGUGUUACAAGCCUAGUUUCUGCCUUUUUCACAGCCCUUUAUAGCCUAGAUUUGAACAGAGAUCAAGCGACCAGCUGGGUCAUUUCAAUGGUACUCUCAAUCCUGCAAAAUAUCUUCAUAAUUCAGCCAGUGAAAUAUCUGAACCUGGAUGCUAGUCCUAAUUCUACUACUAAACAGCAACUUCUACAAGUUAUCACAAGCUGUCUACUUUCCUUCCAAUAUUGCAAGCUGUUCUAUCAAUCAUGCUCAAGAGUUGUUCAUAAGGUGAUGAUACUCACACUGUUCUUAUCACUGUUGAUGACAAGGUUAUCAUGGCACAACAAAGAAAAGGACCAACAGAUGAGAAAGAUCUUGGCUCUCCUAGCAAGAUGUCCCUCUUUGUCACCACCUGGUUUAAGAGAUGAGAACAACCCUAUCUACAGGGCCCCUGCCAUAAACUGCUCAGUUAAAGCUCCAGAAAGAACCAGGAAAGAGAAACAACUGUUCCGAAUGACAAGAGACAUUUGUGUACAAAUCCUCUUCCUUGUGGUGCUGAUGAUUUCCACUUAUUCCGAGAGGAAUUACAAUAGUUUUUACUUCAAUCAAGCCAUCCGGAAGAGAAUUAAUAAGCAUUUUGAAGAGAUCAAGCUUAUUAAGCACUUCUAUCGAUGGACUAACAACACCCUCAUUCCUAACCUGUAUGGGGAUUACAGAGGUUUUAUUGCUGAUGGAAAUUCCUUCCUUGUAAGCGACAUCCAAAUUCGCCAGAUCCGCAUUCCUGAUAUUGUGCUCUUUCCAAAUAAAAUUUCUCCUAGCAAACAAAUGAAGUCCUAUUAUCAACAUCAUGAGGAAGAUCAAAAGAAUUAUGGAGUUAACUGGGCCCCUCUUGAUCUAAAUAGCACAAAAGACAGCAUUUGGUGUUAUCAAAGUGAGGAAGCCUUAGAUGGAUAUCCUAUUGAAGGACAGUUUGCUAUCUACUCAGGAGGAGGCUAUGUUGUUGCCCUUGGGAACAGCUCUGAGGAUGCUAAGAGAACUCUUCAACACCUGAAGCAGAGCCACUGGCUAGAUAAACAUACUAGAACUCUCUUUGUGGCAUUUGUUGUCUAUAAUGCUAAUGUGAACCUCUUCUGUGUGGUGACCCUGAUCCUGGAGUCCAAUGGUGUGGGAGCUUUCUUCAGUUCUAUCAAAGUAAACAGUUUACAGAUCACUCAGACCCAGAAAAGUUUCAUCUGCUUCAGUUCCUUAAGCAUUAUCUACUUUCUGCUUCUCUUUUAUUAUACCUUUGUACAGGGUAAUCGGCUAAAACAACAAGGGUGGAAAUACUUCACCAAGAAAAGCAAUGCCCUGGACACAUGUAUAAUCUUCAUAAGCUUCAUAAUGAUGGCACUCCAACUGAAGCGUGUUUUCUUGCAUAAAAGAUAUAUGCAGCAAUAUCGUCAUAAAAAAAGAUUUACCAACCUCCAUGAAAUUGUGCAAGUGACCGCGGCUCUCACUUACCUCAUUGGCUUCCUGGUCUUGCUGACAACCAUUCGGCUCUGGAGCCUGUUGCGACUCAACCCCAGACUCCAUAUUAUCAGCACAACAUUGAAGAGAGCUUGGGAUGAAGUGGUUGGCUUCUUGCUGAUUAUUCUGAUCCUGUUAACAGGCUACUCCAUUGCUUUUUCUCACCUAUAAAAUGGAGAAAAUUAUAUCUAUGGUGCAAAGAUGCUAAAGACCAAAGGUAAUGGAGAUGAAAGUACUUUACAAAGGUUUAUGGGCUAUGGAAGGCAAGAGGUUCAUGGGAUCAAAAUGUAGGAUCCAGAGCUGAAAGAAAAAUCAGGAAUCUGGUCCAAACCCACCACAUUUUUUUUGAUGAGGAAACCAAAUCUCAGAGAGUUUAAGGUAUUUGCCCCAAUUUACACUAAUCUCCCUACACUGGAGGUAGAUUUGAACCUAGGGCCUCCAACUCCGGGAUAAUUGACCCUAUAGAUACAUUUUAAAUAGCCUCAAAUAACAAGGCACUUCUCUUCCAUGAGUUUUGUUUUGGUCUCCUUGAGUGGAUGAAGUACAGAAUAAUGGAGAAAAGAUGAGUCUAGGAGUCAAGAGGGCCUGGGAUUUUAAGGGGCCCUGACUCCUAGCUGAGAUGAUAGAGAGGGUAUAUACACUGAUAGGCCUGGAGUCAAGAAGACCCAAGUUCAACACUUACUAUAUCCUAUUUGUAAAGUUCUUAGAACAGUGCCUGGCACUAUAAAGAUGUACACUACUAUUAUUAUUAAAGCUUGGACACUUCA